CCAAGAUCACUAUGGCCACAUCCCUUCAACUCCCAUACUUUAGGAGUCCUGAAGAAUUACCUGCACCUCUGCCAACCACCUUAGAGAUUUUAGCAUCAAAUGAUAUCUUGAAGGGAACUGAGGUUUGGGCGACCAGGAAAGUUGUGGGUGUCGGCGAACAUUUUGUCGUUAAAUACGGUCCCACAGAUGAUCAGAUUGAGGGUGAAAAUCUACUCUUCCUCGAGCGGAAUAAUCUCAAAGGAUUUGCUCCUCGAUUGUAUGCGAUGUGGAAGGAGGCAGACGAGGCCCUGUUCCUUGUGAUGGAACGCAUGCGUGGUGACACGCUUGAAUCGCUGUGGCCAACUCUUCAAGAACCCGACAAACAAUGUAUUCUUGCGAAAACGCGGGCUAUCUUGACACAAAUCCGUAUGGUACCACAUCAAGGUUUCUUUGGCUCUGUCAAUCAGAACCAUAUGCCUCACCAUCUCUUUUACUGGCCCAACUAUCCAGCGCACAUUGCAGGUCCAUUUACAACUGAGCAGGCCCUCAUACAAGGUUUGAUCUCGAAAUCACGGUUGAAUGCACGAGAAAAUGGGCGCCACCCAUACCUUGCUGAUUUCUUCGAACAACAACUGAUGCCCAGUCUUGUGGUUGAGGGUAGACCACCCCUCUUCACCCACUCGGAUUUCCAGCGGAAGAACAUUCUAGUUCAGGAGGCAGAAGGGGUCAAGGGCAAGAAGGAUUUUCACGUAUCACUUGUCGAUUGGGAAUCGGCGGGCUGGUAUCCGGUGUAUUGGGAGUAUUUUGCUACCUUUCUCUCAUGGAAAUGGAAUGAUGAUUGGUGUAGUAAGGUGGUAGCAGCUGUUGAUGCUUGGCCUGCUGAAGUCGCUAUGAUGAAAAUGAUCUAUCAAGAUCUGUGGCUAUGAUGGUAGACAUGCAGACGGCAGGCUGCGCCGGAACUAGCUGGGGCGGCAAUGGAAGAGAAAAGAGAAGGGAACGUAAGGUCAGCUUCAUAUGAGAACUAACCACUGGAAUUGUACAGUUGGGCACGAUCCUCGCCUAAGAUAUUCUAGCCACACAUGAUUUGUAUGCCUGCCAUGAUUAUAUUUGAGCUGUAUGUAUCAAGCAUUUCAGUCACCAAGAAAGCAAUCCAAGCAGCGCCAUCAAACAGUCAAACAGUCUUGAAACAGCCCUAGGCAGCGG